AUGAGGACAUCGGUCACGUGUCCAUCUCUUUACACCCCGCAAAGCUUCUUAUUCUCGGGGCAUCGGGCACGACUGAUAGACCGUGCAUACCUUGAAACGUUUGAGAAAUCUCUACCUAAGCAGUUGAGGGGCGGAUCGGUCCCGGACCAGGUUUUUUUUGUUGCAGAUACAGACACGGUGUUCCUGGAACACAGACCGUUUCUUAUUGGUUGA